ACGUGCUCAAGGUUAUCACAGGCGAGGGGCACACACACACGGCGCGGCGAGAAACCUCGUGUCAGGGGAGGUCAGAGAAGAAGCGAGCCGACUCGAGCUGUGUUGAGGAGACGAUUUCUGAAAAGCAGCAAUGGACCAGGCAAGAUCAACAAUAUUCAAAAUGUUAAAUGGGGAGCCACGCUCCUAUACGCGCUUCAACCUGACUGAGAACAUGGAAGGUGACAACAGCCAGGUGGAGAUGAAGCUGUCGUCAGACAUGGAUGAAGAGGUUGGCGGCAAUGGAGUGGGAGACCACCUCAACCACAACUCGGAGCGCAGCCCUUAUGUGGCCCGCAAACCUGGACGCACACCCAAGAACAUCUGCUUCAUGGCAGCCACCACCCUCCUCAUUUUCAUCAUCGGGUACUUGAUUGGCUACCUGGUUCAUCGGAAGAAGGACUUGGCUCCCAGCUGUGCAGCCUCCAAACUGGAUUUUAAUGACGAUGUCCCUGAGGCUUUCCAUGAGACACGUGCUGCUCCUCUGAUGGACUGGGAUAAAGUGGAGAAACUUCUAGCUCAACAACUCAGCGUAUCCAACUUUGACAGCACCUUUAGAGAGUUUGCCAGUAACAGCCACCAGGCUGGUUCUCCCGGCGAUGAUGCGCUAGCAAACAAGGUGCUGAAGAGGUUUAAGGAGUAUGGCAUUCAGACUUGGACUGACGAGCACUUUAUUAAGAUUCAGCAGGCCCCUGCUUCUGGCUUCAACAAAGUUGUCUUCAAAGGGAGAGAAGAGCGACCUCAGGGCUUCCUGUCUUACAGUGCCACUGGCAGCAGAACGGGUGCUGUCCUGUAUGCCCACUAUGGGCAGGAAAGUGACUUCAGAAUGCUGCAGGGCAAGAGCAUCAACGUGAAUGGCAGGGUCAUCCUGGUCAGAGCUGGCAAGAUCAGCUUUGCUGAGAAGGUAUACAAUGCUGCCAAACUGAAUGCCUCUGCUGUGCUGAUCUACCCAGACCCUGACGAUUACCCCAUUGGAGAAAACACCCAGAUCUAUGGACAUGUUCAUCUGGGUUCAGGGGACCCAUAUACUCCAGGCUUCCCCUCCUUCAACCACACCCAGUUUCCUCCUGUUCAGUCCUCAGGCCUGCCAUCAAUUUUGGCCCAGACCAUCACAGCAAAUAUGGCUACAAACAUCAUGAGACAGCUGGGUGGUGAGACUUUGCCACCGGAGUGGGGAGGCGUCACUAAGCUGGGAAAUGAGACAGAUCUUGUUACUGUGGAAGUCAACAACGUAUUGACCGAGAGGAAGAUCAAUAACAUCUUUGGUGUCAUCAAAGGCUAUGUGGAUUCAGACCGUUACGUCAUUCUUGGUGCACAGAGGGAUUCGUGGGGUCCAGGUUUUGCCAGAUCGACUGUCGGCACCAGUGUUUUGGUCGAGCUGGCACGCUCCAUCUCUGAAAUGGUGAAGCACGAGGGAUUCAGGCUCAGGAGGAGUAUUGUCUUUGCCAGCUGGAGUGCUGGAGAAUAUGGGAGUGUUGGUGCCACAGAGUGGUUGGAGGGUUAUCUCUCCUCUCUGAGCAUGAAAGCUUUCUCAUACAUUAACCUGGAUGGCGUUGUAACAGGUCGGGAUUCAUUCAAAGUUGCUGCCAGCCCCUUGAUGUACAGUCUGAUUGAGGGCGCUCUGAAGGAGGUAAAAGCUCCGAGCAAGCCCAGUGUGACCCUCUAUGACCAGGUUUCGGGGCCGCAUUGGGAGAAAGUUGUGUUGGAGGAGCUGCAGAUGGACGAUGCAGCUUACCCUUUCCUCGCCUUCUCAGGCAUUCCCUCUGUCUCAUUUAGAUUCACCUCCAAUUCAGAUUAUAAGUACUUUGGCACACUGCUGGAUACCGAAGACAAGCUGAAUUCAGCCACAUCCAGUCAGACGCCUCAGUUUGCGAUGGCAGCAGCCCAGUUUGCAGGUCACAUAGCCUUGAGACUUGUCCACGACCACCUGCUGCGUCUGGACCUGCAGAAGUACAACAGCAUCAUCCGUAGUCAAGUGGCAGAGAUCAACCGGAGGGUCAAGACUGUUCAGAGGUAUCAGCCGCAGCUGUUGCCCAAGGCCCUGUCAGUGCAGUGGCUGAUCUCUGCGUCCGGGUCCUACAGCCGCGCCUCUCGUGCCCUCGCCAAAGACUCCGAAAACAGUGAUCUGGAGGACAUUGAGAUGUGCCGCCUCAUCAAUGACCGCAUCAUGGCGGUGGAGAGGAACCUCUUGUCGCCAUACGUGUCUCCCAAAGACAGUCCUUUCCGCCACAUCCUGAUGGGCUCGGGCCCUCACACCCUCAACGCGCUGUCCACACACCUGGAGGCCCUCAGGCUCAGCAACCCCGAGGCCGACGCUGACCUGUUCCGCAACCAGUUUGCCCUGGCCACCUGGACCAUUCAGGGCUGUGCCAACUCACUAGCAGGAGAUAUCUGGGCUUUGGAUAACGAGAUCUAAAACGUCCCUCUUCACCUCUCUCCCUCCCUUGUCUAUGGUUUGGCCCACCUAACACAACUGGCAAUGUGAAAACCAAUAAGUUGUUAAUGAUAACAGAACAGCUGCAGUUGCACGGCAUUCUAAAUGAGGUUAACCCGCUGCAGAAAAUUUUAAAAGUAGCAGUGUUCAUAAAUUGAUGUCAAUGUUACUCAUUACUGCUUAAUCUCUCUUCUUUUUGAAAUUCUCCAUAAAGCUAGGAAUUAAUACUGAAACUGAAUUCAGCCGCCUUAACAAAAAACAAGCUCACUUGUCUUCUGUGAAGUAAUCCCAAGGCCAUUAUGUUUUUCCCACAUUGGAAAACAAUAAUUUUACCGUGUGGUAUUCCUGUACCACACCAUGAAUACUUCGGUGCUAAUGAUGACUACCCUCAAAUGGCCAUCUUAUGCGACAGUACUACUUAAUUUGGUAUUAAACCAUGGAUGAGUUGAAUGUAGUGAAAAAGAUGCUGUUUCAGCACAAUAUCAGGUCAGAAUCACAGGGAUAACUAUGAUUGCCAGCUCAGCUAUUUAAAAAAAAUACAACAUGGGCAGUAUGGUACAAUAAGCUUGAUACUCUUCAUUUAUUGUUUACUAUAAUCCAGAUCAUAACUGCAAUCUGAGUCUGCUGGUAUUUCCACUGCUGUAGCCUCAUUUAGUUUAAACCUGAGCUGGUUCUGUUGGUAGCUAUAAUUUCAUAUUGUGCUGAAAUGGGCAGCUCAAGUCAUUGUCAGAGAUUCAAAUGUUGGUGUGAGGACUGAAGCUUAAUUUACAGCUGCACGGUAGUGGUGUUAAAAAAGAAAACACUUUGCAGAAUAUUAAAAUGAGAGACAAUCAGCUAUCACUUGGCACCGGCCAGUACAGUCUCCUACUGCUGCUUCGCUAAUCUUUAAAAAAACAAAAAAACAAAAAAACUUGACACUAAAGUCCUCAUAUCACAGUUGAAUUGUUUUAUCUCAAUUCACUUGCAGUUACCUUUUGUAAGUUGUCUGAAUGAGCCACCUUCUGACAUGAAUAAUCUCUUUAGACUUUUCAAAAACUAGGGGAGAAGGUCUUCAACCAUGUGGCACUGAAACAAAAACCGUACGUCUAUUUAUUUUGUUAUUUAUUUAUCAGUGGCAGGGUUCACUAUAAAUAGUGUUUGUUUUUUUUAACGCCUUUUUUUAAGAAAUGUAUAAUUAUCGGGAGCAGUGCCUUCCAUAAUUAUGACAGUUAUACUGUCGAAAUGUCAAAAGCAGCAUCUGCUAAAAGAAGUAUACCUGUUGACCAACAGCCAAUAUUGAACACAGAACAGUCAGGCAGUUCAACACAACUCAAUGUCCUCAUAAUACUGAGGCCAAGUUAUUAACAUCUCAGCAUAAAUUUGACUUUUGAUUGACUAUUGAAGCUGGGCCAGCUCAUGUUUAUCACACACCUUGAAAAUACUGACGUUUUAAGCCGAGACAUUUCAACAAUGAGCUGCCAUUUAAUAACACCUGUGGCUGUGCGUCUGUACUGGUUCCUUAUUGGCACAUGUACACUUCUCAUCCUGAAAACAUUAUCGGGAGCAGUGUCUUCCAUAAUGUGAAAAUCAAGAAGGUAGUUUUUGCCUACCAGUGUGUAUCCAUAUCGGAGGCAGUGCCCUCCAUAUUUCACUGUAGGAGUGGAUGUUUUUAUUAUCGGGAACAGUGUUUCCCAUAAUGUUGUAUAUAUAUACAGUACAUUGCAAUUCAAUGUACACGUCUGCGCCUUUGCAACCCUUCUGUGACGUUCCAUGCUAAUUUCUUCACAAUGUAGAUCUGUAGUUCCCUUACAGGCAGGAAUGAGGCCUGCAGCUCCUGAGGACAUUUGCACAGAUCUGAGAAGUACUGAUGAGUUGAAACAAUGCUACUUAUCUGUGAGGGCCCUUUGGCAGUCAGUCCCGCUAUGCAUUUGUGCCACAAUAAGGCACCCUCUGAAAAGAUUUCCAAUCUGUGUCACGGGUUAAUGUACCUGCCGUUAACCUGUUGUCUUUCCUGGGGCUGCAUACAGAACUGAUUAAAUGGUCAAACCUUAUGGAUUGUCUGUUUCUUUUUCAAAAGUUGUUACAAAAAUGUUAGGGGUGGCUGUGGUCACAAUGGUCUGUUAUUUCCAUUUAAAAA